AUGCCUGGAACUCUGGUUUUGGGUGGGAAGUGCCAAAGGUACUUUAUUUUUGGGUCAAAACUCAAGAAACUUCAUUUAAAGGCAUUCCUCUCUGGGACACUUGAACUUGCAUCAGAAUCUAAAGUAGAGAGUGGGGUGGAGGAGCAGCUAGGAGAGAAAGUGAAGCAGCACACAGACAGACAAGGGGCUUUGGGCAGAGAGCCUGCAAUUAAAAAUGACAGUAAAUUUUGUUUUGUGUUUGGAUUUAGAGCACCACAUACCCAAAGGGCCAGUGCCAGAUCAGAUGCACUUCCUGCAAUUUUAAAUACUGCACUAUUUACAUUCAGAGUACAGCAAUGUAAUGAAGGGAACGAAAUCCCUUCCUUGGAGUGGCAGCAUCAGCUUCUUGGACAUCCUGUUCUCUCUCGCUUCAUAUAA